AUGAACAUUCGAUCUACUGCGCUCUAUGGCCCAAACUACUGCCCCGGAACUAAAGAAGGGGAAAGCUGUCUCCGAGUGAAAAAAAUGAAGAUGCUGCGAUUGUCGAUUGGUUUCACUCCCUCAAACUACAUCCGUCAGCGAAAAUUAGACGUGGUCCCUAUUGGCGAGAGAAUGAACGAGACGCACUCCGAAAGUGACAUCCUAAUGAGAGGCGGCGUACCUCUGUUAGAUCGGCGAAAUAGUCCAAUGAUGUCCUUCUUUAUUGUUAGAACCUCCGUAUUUAAGCGUACGAAACGGCAAAAAAUUGUGCCAGAAAUGAGGUCUCUUAUAGUGGUGCUGCUGUUUGCCUCUGUCGCCUAUGGUUUAUCUGAAAUUUGUUCUUUGAAACUGGACCCGGGAAAAUGUCGAGCGUCUCAUAAGAGAUACGGUUUCGACAAAAAGGAAGGAAAAUGUGUUGUGUUCAUCUAUGGCGGAUGUGGAGGGAACAAUAACAAUUUCGAGACAAAGGAAGCAUGUGAAAAGGAGUGCGUGAUGAAAAAUGCAGGGAAAAAGUCUCUGAAGAAACUCACGAGUGGUGAUAAUUCUCGCCAAAAACUAGAGAAAAUUGAGAAGAUCUUGAUAAGAGAAGAAGAACAGAAGAAAGUAGGAGCGGCGAUCAAGAAGGCUAUUAUUAAGGAAAAACUUAAGGACUCUUUCAAAAAGGCUAUUAUUCAGGACAAACUCAAAGAGGUUGCGCCAAAAACUCUUCUUUCGCGGAAAACCAAUUAUGGUGACCCAAAACGCAAGCUUUCACUUACGAAACUUAACCUCGGAAAGCCACAAGCCCUUCCCCUUGACAAAAUGUCAACAAAAGAGCAGAAGAACUUAGGGGCGGCUAUCAAGAAGGCUAUUAUUCGGGACAAACUCAAACAGGGUGUACCGAAAACUCUCCCUCUGCACGUAUCCGACCUAGGUGUCCUGAAACAGAAGCGUUCAAUAGCUCUGACGGGGCAAAGGAAACUCAAUCUCGGAAAGCCACAAAUCCUUCCCCUUGACAGAAUGUCAAAAAAAGAACCGCAAAAUCUAGGAACAGCGAUCAAGAAGGCUAUAAUUAAGGAAGAACUUAAGGACUCUUUCAAAAAGGCUAUUAUUCAGGACAAACUGAAACAGGCUGCGCUAAAAACCCUUCUUUCGCAGAAAUCCAAUUAUGGUGACCCAAAACGCAAGCUUUCACUUACGAAACUUAACCUCAGAAAGCCACCAAUCCUUCCCCUUGACGGAAUGUCAAAAAAAGAGCAGAAGAACUUAGGGGCGGCUAUCAAGAAGGCUAUUAUUAAAAACAAACGUGAGGACCCUAUCAAGAAGGCUAUUAAUCAGCGCAAACUUGAAAGCUCUAUUAAGAAGGCUAUUAUUAAACAGUAUGUGAAAGCUGCCAGUUAA